GAGAGAGGACUGCUUUGAGAGGAGUCAGUGCCAUUAUCAGAGAUACAGAUGCGCUUUAAAGUCGACCUUACAUUAACUUACAUGUUGAAUCUUAGCAACCACAGGUUAAUUGUGUGUUCCCUCCACUGUUACCUCUUGAUUAGUAGCCCCUAUUAGUAUCUGCAUAACCCGCAUGCUGGUUGGCUGAGAGACAAUCAUCCCAUCUCAGUGAAACAAACUCGCCCUGCUGCCACAGCGAGGAGGAGGAAUAAGAGGAGGAGGAGGAGCAGGAGCGCGUCGGCUCUGCACACACUACUGCUUUAAUUUUGUCAAAGAAGAAGAGGAGGCUGUUUGACAAAAAAGAGCCGACACGGACUGCAGCAGGAGGCUUGUAGAGGAGGAGGUGGACCAAGUGCAAUGAUGACGGGCAAAUCUGUGAAAGACGUUGACAGAUACCAGACUGUCCUCAACUCUCUACUGGCGCUGGAGGAGAAUAAAUUCUGCGCUGACUGCGAAUCGAAAGGUCCAAGAUGGGCGUCCUGGAAUUUGGGCAUCUUCAUCUGUAUCCGCUGUGCUGGUAUCCAUCGAAACCUGGGGGUCCACAUCUCCAAGGUCAAGUCUGUCAACCUGGAUCAGUGGACCCAGGAGCAGGUCCAGUGUGUUCAGGAGAUGGGAAAUGCCAAAGCCAAACGUCUCUACGAGGCGUUCUUACCUGAGUGCUUUCAGCGCCCCGAGACAGACCAGUUCACAGAGCUGUUCAUCAGGGACAAGUAUGACAAGAAGAAAUACAUGGAUAAGGUCAUUGACAUACAGAUGCUCAAGAAAGAAAAGAGCUGUGACAAUAUACCCAAGGAGCCAGUCGUGUUUGAGAAGAUGAAAUUGAAAAAAGAUAUCAGCCCCAAGACAGAUUCCCAGUCUGUCACAGAUCUGCUUGGAUUAGAUGCCCCUGCUCCAAGUCCUGCAGUGUCUAAUGGUGGGGGAUGUGUUCCAGACAGUAAUAAGAGCCCAGCGGUGUCCAAUCCAGCUCUGGCACAUUCUGCACUGGAUCUCUUCAGCUCCCUGCCAGCACCCUCCUCUGCUUCCUCCAUUAAAACCACGCCUGUUUCCAGCUCCAUGCCUCAGAGCAGAGUGACUGCCUCGGUGCCUGAUAACCUCAGUCUGUUUCUGGGUCCGGCCUCCAAAGCAGAGGAGGGCACUGUCAAGAAACUGUCCAAGGAUUCUAUUCUCUCCCUGUACGCCUCCACUCCCUCAGUGCUCGCCAGCAGUAGGUCUGCUCACGCUGGCUUGUACAUGAACCAAAUGGGAUACCCGACACACCCGUAUGGAUCGUACCAUUCUUUAGCCCAGGCAGGUGGAAUGGGAGGUGCCAUGAUGACAUCACAGAUGGCCGUGAUGGGACAGCAACAGAGCAGUCUGAUUGGAGUUCAACAGAACAGCAUGAUGGGACAGCAGGGUGUCAUGGCUCAGCCUAGUGGCGUUAUGGCGCCACCCUACAUGACAGGGAUGACCCAGGGCAUGAUGGGACAGCAGCAGGGUGGGAUGAUGGUACAGCAGCAGCAGAAUGGCAUUAUGGGACAACAACAGAGUGGGAUGAUGGUACAGCAGCAGAGUGGGAUGAUGGGACAGCAGCAGCAGCGAAAUGGCGUUAUGGGACAACAACAGAGUGGGAUGAUGGUACAGCAGCAGGGUGGGAUGAUGGGACAGCAGCAGCAGAACGGCAUUAUGGGACAGCAGCAGAGUGGGAUGAUGGCGCAGCAGCAGCAGGCGUACGGAGUGCAACAUGCCCAGCAGCCACAGUGGAACAUUAGCCAGAUGAGUCAGCACAUGGCCGGCACGAAUCACUAUAACACCAACGGCAUGACGGGAUACAGCAGUCAACAAAUGGGAGGCUCGGCAACUCCAAGCUCAGCGCAUAUGACAGCGCAUGUUUGGAAAUGAUGUCAUCUAUCCAGGAAGUGAUAUAACGCCAAUAACCCACAAAAGAGAGGGGGGGCUGAGCUGUAUGAAUCUGUGGAUCAGACUCUCCAGAAGACAUUUUCUAAUACAAGGGAGGAGGAAGAGGAGGAGGAGACAGGUGUGAAGAAGAAUAAGGUUUGGGAAGCCACUACUACCUCUCUUUCUCUCUCCUCUCUGCCCAUGCUUCCUCUUCUCGACCCAUC